UAGGUGGCGGUAGAGCUCCACUUAGCUGGAUGAUGACCGCCGGAAAAGAAGGACGCGAAGAAGAAGAAGACUUCCGUGAUUGGCUAGGAGGCCAGUUUACUGCUGACGUCAUCACUGGUGUUUACAUCUGCUCUUGUGCGUCUGUCUCCAGAUGUUCGGGUCCUUUAUUAAAGGGUACCGGGGGAACUCCUCGGUGGUUAUAGUUCAGACAUAUCUCUUUAGUUCCCGGAACCUUCCUGGGACCCCGUACCUCCUCAGGGUUCCUGUUGGAGACAGUUUAAUGACGUGAUGAGUCUGUCCCUCAUACCAGGUGUUUCUGUUUCGGUUCCUACCCCCCUGAUGAUGAAACCUCUUUCUGCUGUGUCACUGUCACCUGAGUACAAGAGGAAACCGACAUGAGUCCCAGUCUGCUCUGAUCCUCUGAUCCGGGAGGGUUUCUGUCCCGGGCUAUGUGGUCCACCAGAGACCAGUAAAGGACCCAGACAGUCACAUGUGACACAGGACACAGGGAGGAGGAACCCAGUCUGUCGUUAUUUCACUGUGUUCAGCUCUAAAGGGAAGUGGUAGGUCGAGUUAGAGGAUUUAAAACUCUUCAGAUUUCAGUGAAGUUAUUGAAGUCAGAGUCUCAGAGACGAGAUGUCGGACACGACGAGGACUCUGCCGGCUCUCCGGAGACUCAGCUAUGCUGUGGGACACUUUCUGAACGACCUGUGUGCCUCCAUGUGGUUCACUUACCUGCUGGUGUUCUACCACUCAGUGCUGGGCUUCCAGAACUCAUAUGCAGGUGUGCUGCUGCUGAUCGGGCAGAUAGCUGAUGCGAUCUCCACUCCUCUCGUUGGGUACGAGUCUGACCGAACCCCCGGCUGUGGAAACUACGGCAAGAGGAAAACAUGGCACCUGGUUGGUACACUGAGUGUGAUGCUGUCCUUUGCGUUCAUCUUCAACCAGUGUCUGGGCUGUGACUCCUUCACCCCACAGUGGGUCAGUCUGAUCUACUUUGUCCCGUUCAUCAUCGUCUUUCAGUUCGGCUGGGCGGCCACGCAGAUCUCCCACCUGUCUCUGAUCCCAGAGCUGGUCACCUGUGAGCACGCCAAAGUGGAACUGACUGCAUACAGAUAUUCCUUCACAGUUAUAGCCAACAUCACGGUGUACGCAGUGGCUUUCCUCCUGUUCCAUGUCCAUGCUGGAGAGGGUGGAGACCCCCUCGGUGAAGCGCUUGGACCAGAAGACAUGCCGGUCUUUAGGAACCUGGCGUUGAUCGUGUUGGGCAUCGGUGCUUUUUUCUCUCUCCUUUUCCACCUGGGGACCACGGAGCGCAAAGCGGAAGGAGGAGGAGGGGACAGAGACGAGGAAGAGGAGGAUGAGAGGGGGGAACGGAGACCUCUGCUGCCUCGACCUAAGCCUACCUCCCCUCUGCUGCAGUGGAAGUGUUGGCUGCGGCAGCCAUCUUUUUAUCAGGUGGCCUUACUCUACAUGUCCACGAGGUUGAUCGUGAAUCUGUCUCAGACCUACAUCUCCAUGUAUCUCAUCAACACUCUGGGACUGCCCAAGAACUACAUCGCAACAAUCCCCUUAGUGAUGUACCUGAGUGGCUUCAUAUCCUCCUUCAUCAUGAAGCCUGUCAGUAAACUCAUUGGAAAGUGUCUCACGUACUUCGUAGGCCUCCUGCUGAUUCUGGCGUUCUCCUCCUGGGUGCUGUUGGAUACCAGUAUGGGCCAGCAGGUGUAUGGAGCGGCCAUGCUGCUAGGGGCGGGGUCAGCCACACUCUUGGUUAUUUCGCUCUCCAUGACUGCCGAUCUCAUCGCUGAUCAGACGCAAAGCGGGGCCUUCGUGUACGGAGCCAUGAGUUUCACUGAUAAGUUUGCUAAUGGAGCGGCUGUGAUGGUCAUCCAGUCUCUGCACCCGUGCCACACGCGGAACUGUUGUCCUGCGUGUGUGUGGUUCUACCAUUACAUCAUGGUCAUAGUAACAGGAGGCGUGGCCAUCAUCGCAGCUCUGGCACUCUGCUCCAUCCUCAUCUGGCCCAUCAAGAUCAGAACACGAGCCACACCAAUCAUCUCUGAGGAUGAACCCACAGUCAACUAAAGCUCUGCCAGCGUCACUUCUACAACGACCCCACGCCAACCUCCAACCGCACACUACAAGUCAGACUGAAGAGGAGCCUUCACUUCUGUUUCUGUGUUGAUCUUCAGCUCUCAGGGAAACUAAACAAACACCAGGGGAAGAGUUCAGAGGCUGCACAUGAGACGUCUCUGACAUCGUUACAGGAGUAAUCAGGGAUUCUGGAGAAACUUCAAAAGGGAGAGCGUUUUGAUUUUUAAAUUUUGAUCAUGUUUCUCUACAUUUUAUAUUUUCAUUCUCACCAUGUCAUCGUUAAAAUGUGAUUAUCAUACAUGGCUGCUUCACUCCAGUGACGUUAGGGAACAAGUCCAGCCCUUAAUGACGAUCACCCUUUUUAUGAACUAAUGAAAGACUCACACCGAAACACGACUACAGGCCAGGUUCAGAGUUUGAGAAAACAUAGCAUCAUAAAAGCUGAGAGAUAUUUCCUCCUGCUUUUGGCUGCAGGAUUUACUCGGACCUGAUUAUCCAGGCGUGAAACACUUCUCCAGUCCGGACUGGAAGUUCAGUAGGAAAUCAAAACACACUCACGGCUUGCACAGUAAGUGCAGAGCCACAGUUACUGAGGACACUAACUCUAAAAUCAAGACAGUCAUCAUGAUGAGACCAGAAUCAGAGUUCACAAUCAGUGCUUCUUCUAAAGACACAGAUUCAUAACUCACAAUGUUAACUCUGCAAAGAGUCUACUCUAGAAUACCUGUAAUGAUGCUGAGCAUUAUCAGGAGUCUGUGUGUCUAAUCAGAUGUUGUGUUUACAGACCAAAAGGCAUGUAAAGGAAUUUUUUAUUUUUUUCACAAAAAUGUAAAAACUUUGUUUUAAAAAUCGGAUUAUAUUUGA